AUGACGGCUCACAAAUUCAAGCGCCUCGUCCGAUUCGAGGACUCGAGCCGGACUGUUCAUUAUGGAGAAGUCCCUGCGAGUCACGGGUGGUCCGAUGAUUUGACGGGGCUUUCUGUCCCGACUUACAGCGGCGGAUUGCCCUGGGAGAGCGGCUUCAAGCUCACUGGGACGACCGCCACCAUUGCCAAAGUCUUGAGGCCCAUCGAGACGACACCCAUCGUCUAUGGCGUUGGGCUGAAUUAUCGUCAACAUGCGGAAGAGGCGAAGGUAAAGCUGGUGCGCCCCAACUACGGGAAUAAGCCCACUAACUCUCCCAACAAGAUCCCCCUGCCGCCUUACCCUAUGAUAUUCGUCAAAGGGGCCGGGUCUUCCGCAUUGGCAGAUCCAUACGAAGACAUCCCCAUCCAUAAGGAGGCCCAAUUCAUGGACUACGAGGGCGAAUUGACCAUCAUCUUCGGCAAAAAGGCCAAGGAUCUGACCGAGUCAGACAACGUCGCCGACUACUUGCUCGGCUACACGGUCGGUAACGACGUGUCGUCGCGGUACUGGCAAGACCCCGUGCGGGCGGGCGGACAGCACGGCUACGCCAAAGCCUUUGACAAGUUCGCGCCCAUUGGACCUAUCCUGGUGUCGCCAGCACAGAUCCCCGAUCCGACCACGCUCACGAUGAGGACCAUCGUGAAUGGCCAGCAGCGCCAGAUCACAAAGACGGACGAUCUGAUCUUCGACAUUCCUGCCAUUGUCCGGCAUUUGACGCGUGGCAGGACGAUCGAACCCGGCACGGUGGUCUUGACAGGGACGCCGAGCGGAGUGGCGGCGUUCAUGAAGCCACCGGCAUGGCUGCAGAAUGGGGACGUGGUGGAGGUUGAGAUCUCUGAGAUAGGGAAGAUCCGGAACAAGAUGGUGUUUGACUCAGCUUCAUAG